AUCAGCUGGAGGGAUGAAAUGCAUGAGUUCACGUAGGCUAAUGUGGUUUUUUUUUGUCACUCCCAGUCCCUGCCAGUUUGUCUCGAAUUCAAACAUCGAACAUAGCUUCCAGAAAUCCUUCAAGUCUGAGCAAAACCGCAACCAACCAUGUCGCAAAGAGCGUCCCGACCCGGUGCGACUGCUCCUGUGUUCCCCAAGAAGAAAGAAGUGACAUGUCGCCUGGACACGGAAACCCGACAGAGUACCGUCCAUGUUAUCGGCACAUAUUUAAAAGCAUCUCUGAACAGGAGUUCCCCUCCCAGGUCCAAGUUCUUCUCCGUGAAGUGCACUGCCAAUGUUCAGUACAGCAUCAGCCCCCCCGCCCCGGGAGAACCCCUCUCCCCCAUCCCUCUCAAUGGAAGCUCAGUACUACUCAUCAGCAUGAGCCGUGCCAGUGAAACUGAAAAUGAUAGCAAGCUUUCUGUCCAGUACUACGGGGAGAAUAAAGAGGUCUUGGGGAGAGCAGUCCUGCACCUGACAGCUGUUGAGAUCUCUCUGGAUGUGGAUGCUGACAGAGACGGUGUUGUGGAGAAAAACAACGUUAAUAAGGGAUCCUGGAAAUGGGGCCCUAAUGGGCACGGAGCCAUCCUAUUGGUCAACUGUGACUCCGAGCAGAAGUACCGGAACAAAAAACCAGAUUGGGAACACGACUAUGUCACCAAGGUGUCAGAUCUGAAGGACAUGUCUGUCAUGGUGCUGCGGACCAGAGGCCCUGCCAAGCUCCCAGAGGGCUACAAGCUCACCAUGCACAUCUCUCAGGGCCACGCCGAGAGCGUCCGAGUCUUCAGGUCCAGAUCCCCUGAAGCAAAGGAAAACACACUGCUGGAGAAAUUCCUCUACACCAACUUUGUGAAGAACUAUCCACUGGUGCUGAGCAGGGACGUCCUGUGCCAGGAAGUGCCUUACUUCGGAGGCGUAGCAGAGAUGACCUUUCACGUGGAGGGCCUCAGGUUUCCUGACAACGACUUCGAUGGACUCGUCAACAUCAACCUCAGUCUGUUAGAGCCCAUCGCCCAUGAGAUCCCUGAGACGCCUAUCUUCACAGACACAGUCGUGUUCCGAGUGGCACCGUGGAUCAUGACACCCAACACCCUCCAGCCCGUGGAGGUGUUCGUUUGCAACACUGCUGACAACAACCCGUUCCUUAAAGGAAUGAGGAACCUUGUCGCAAAGAGCGGGUACAAGCUCAAGAUUUGCCAGGAGUAUGUGAACAGAGGGGAUCGCUGGAUGCAGGAUGAGCUGGAGUUCGGCUACAUCGACUCACCUCAUCAACAGUUUCCUGUUGUUCUGGAUUCCCCUCGAGAUGGAAAACUCCAAGAUUUUCCAUAUGAUGAGUUAUUGGGCCCCGACUUUGGCUAUGUGACGAGGGUGGCCGAAAGAGAAGAUGUGAGCAGUCUGGACUCAUUUGGUAAUCUGGAGGUUAGUCCUCCCGUCACUGUGAACGGGAAAAAGUACCCCCUGGGCAGAAUCAUCAUUGGAGUGGCCUUCCCCACGGCAACGAAGGGACGGAACAUGACCAAAGUAGUGCAAGACUUCUUGUGGGCUCAGAAGGUUCAGGAGCCCAUUGCCUUGUUCUCUGACUGGCUCUAUGUCGGCCACGUAGACGAAUUCAUGACUUUUGUUCCUGCACCUAACAGAAAGGGCUUCCGGCUGCUGCUCGCCAGCCCAGACGCAGGCUACAAACUAUUCAGAGGCUUACAGAGCGACGGACACGGAAAAGUCAAAAUGUUUGAGGGUAGGCCUGUCUUUAACAACAUUUCUGUAUUGCACAUUACGGGUAAUUGAAGUCUUUUUGAACUGCGUGCUCUCUCGCAGAGCUGCAUUGACUGGAACAGAGAUGUGCUGAAGAGAGAGUUGGGCCUGGAUGAGGAGGACAUCAUUGACCUGCCAAUCCUUUUCAAAUUAAUGACGGAGGGUGAGGAGGAGAAGGAGGAGGACAACGUGCUCAGAGCAGUGGCUUACUACCCUGACAUGGUGAACAUGAUAGUCCUGGGGAAAAACCUGGGCAUCCCGAAGCCCUUUGGCCCCAAGGUGAAUGGCCGAUGCGCCCUAGAGGCCGAGAUGUGCUCCCUGAUGGAGGGCCUGGGCCUCAGUUGCACGUUCAUCGACGACUUCGCCACCUACCACAAACUGCUGGGAGAGGUGCACUGUGGCUCCAACGUCCGCAGGGAACCGUUUCACUUCAAGUGGUGGAACCUGGAGAUGUGAACCUGAACUCAACAGUGGAUGGAGAAAGCGGCAUUUUCCAAAAAUGUGCUUGUUUAAGAAAAUAGCACAUUGCCUUAACAUUAGACUGGAAGAGAGAUUUUCACGUCACAGCCUUACAUUACGUCUGAGUCUUUAAAUUAUCUUAGCUUCUUUUAAGCUGUUAAGUCAACGCUGAAUUCUCUAAGCAUUUCCCACAAUAUUUAAUGCAGCAAGAAUUACCCCAAGCGUUUGAUCUAUUAUGCAUCUUCAUCUUUUUUAAACAUUUUUGUUGGCUUUAUUUACAAAAAGGAUGUAAAGCAAUAUGUACAAACAUAUCUUUUGAACAAGGGCUUAAGCAGACUGUUGACAAGAACAGAAAUACAAUCAUUUCAAUCGAGCACAUAGAAGAUCCAAGACUCCCAAUCUUGUGGUUUGGACCGGCCGUCGGCAUGUAGCGCAAGCACAGUUAGAUGAAUGGUACCACAUGGUGAUGUGCUGUAAUAAUGUAGAGCCACAGGAGGGCAGACUUCAUCUACUCAAGCAUUUCCAAAGUCCAGAGGAAAAUCAGUUGAAAUCUUAUCUUUUCAUAAAUCAAAUCUAAAAGGCUGUAAUAUACAAAUGUGUCAUUAUAUCCAAAAUGUACCUUUCUAGUUAUCUAGAAGUCUAGAGUCAAAUGCAGAAUGAUUUGUAGCUAUACUCCGCUUGAAGAAUAGAAUAUAUAGCCAGCUCUACAUUUGGUCUAGUGUCUUAAACCUUUUGUCUUUUUUUACAAACUGUAAAGGCUGUCUUUAAUUUGCCAUAGACAAUACAGCUCAUGCGUGCUUCAGUCAUAUCACUGAA